UUGUGUUGUGUUUAUCACAGGAAUAAAGGAAAAUAAAACAACUGACACAGAUCUAGUGUGUGUUGCGUUUUUUUUUCUCACUGUAAGUAAAGUUAAGGUUACGUGUAUUUUCAGUGAGCGUCGUUAGCUGGUUAUGUUUGUUCUGGAAGAUUACAAGUAAAAUAGAAUAACAUUAAGAAGGUUUGGGACAUGCUGAUACUAAACAGAGAGCGACAUUCGAGAACUAUGCAGUAGUCAGCUGGCAGUACUGAUAAGACUUUAUUAAAAACAACAUGCUUAUAAGAUAAAGUCUACGAAACAAUGCACAUUCUAAUCAAUACGUCAUGCUCGCAGAGGUAUUAUACCAUCCUGGCCUAGGCUGGCUAGACCGAGUGCACCUCACGCAACGAGAAACUCAACAAUUCUGAACAAUGCGGUGAUUACAAGGAAACUUCUUGAUUUACUGGAUGGGUUGAGUUCUUGAAAAAAUCUAAAAAAAACAACAACAGAAGCUGCGAUAUCAAAGCUUGACUUGUGGUUAACUUUGACUCAAAUUAUCUAUGUGUCAUCUUGAAAACAUGUAGGCCCUAAUCUCAUCAAAUUGAAAAAAGAAACAAGAGACGAAAUCAAACGAGAGUCCUUACAAGACACAUCCAUGCCAUCCAUGAAACAGCAGAGGACAGGAUGUAUCCAGAAGUUCUGUUCCUGCAGAUGGACUCUAGCCUACAUGCUCUUCUUGUUAAGGAUAUGUCAGACUGCCCUGAGACAGAGUAUCGGGAUGUGUCUUGUCUGUAUGGUGGACAGAACUGACAACAACAUGUCUUCCAACAAUCAAACUUGGAAUGACCAAAUACAUUUUCAAAGGCCUGGUUUCACUCUAAUGUCCAAUAUAUCAGAACCAGUCCUAAUAAUCACAGAUGAAUCACGAGAAUUUGAAUGGGACUCCAAGUUUCAAGGACUCGUUCUGUCUUCCUACUAUUAUGGCUACCUGCUGACACCACUUCUAGCAAGCUAUGUGGAACGUGCGACGGGUGCCAAGUCUCUUGUGGCCAUUUCUAUCGGGUUUGGGGCUUUGAUCAAUUUCAUCACGCCCGAGCUGACGCGUCUAAACAAGUUCCUACUGGUGGCACUGAGAGUGGUGGCCGGAACAACGAAUGGUAUGAUUGAUCCUGCAGUCCAACAUUUGUGGUCUGUCUGGGCACCGAAAUCUGAAAUAGCUUCUCUGUGUGCCGUAGAAUAUGCAGGUGUAAGUGUCGGUGGUAUAUUUACAUUCCUUAUCUCUGGAUUAUUAUGUCAGAUUCCUUUGAACAAUGGCUGGCCUUUUGUUUUUUAUUUUUAUGGUUGUGGUAAUUUACUUUGGCUUCUUAUGUGGUUUAUAUUGGUAUACAACAAACCAUCAGACCACCCUCGCAUUUCUGAUGCUGAACUUGAGUAUAUUGCCUCACAAACCUACCAUAGUAAUAGCACCAAGAAAAAGCUACAUCCUCCAUGGCUGAAGAUUUUAACUAGCCCUGCUGUGUGGGCCUUGAUGUUGGCCUCAUCUACCUACACAUGGGUUUACUCCUGGGUUCUGUGCUACCUUCCAAUGUACAUGCAGGAUGUCUUGAAGUACAGCAUCACUGAGAAUGCUGUGUUAUCUCCAUUACCAUUUGUGGGAAAGUUUCUGAGUGGUCUCUUCUGUGGUUACCUGUCUGAUAGAUUACUUAGAACUAGCCUAUCCAUUACAGCCAACAGAAAGAUGUUUAUGAUGAUAGGUUCUAUUGGAUGUGCUGCAGUCACAGUGGCCAUAGGUUUCUUAGACUAUGACUCUCGUGUAUUGGCAGUUGGACUUCUGGUACUUCUGGUCACAUUACAAAAUAUAUCUACAGUGACCAUUAGAGUCAAUGUAUUAGAUAUUGCUCCCAGAUAUUCCGGAUUUAUUUUAGCCAUAAGCAAUACUAUAGCUGUUGCUACUUCCUUGACAGGACCUCUUGUCACAUCAGCUGUAAUAUAUGAGCAGGACAAUCAGAAACAAUGGCAGACUAUGUUUUAUGUCGUCGCUUCUCUCAGUCUUAUAGGAGGACUCAUUUUUAUGGUUUUAGGAGAGGCAAAAAUACAAAGUUGGGCAGAUGACACAAGAGGUGUAAAUAUUAUUGAAAUAAAUGAGUUUGAUACCAAAGUCAUGCCAUCUACUGAUUGUCCACACAAUGUGAUAACAUGUCAACACACAGACCAAUUGGAUGAGGCCACAUCUCAUAUGCUUCAUGACAAAAGUGUCAAGAUUGAGGCAACCAUAAAAGGACACACAACACAAGUAACUAGAAAAUGUUCGGGAAAUGAAAUACUGACAACUUGAGUAGUACCUUAAGGGAAUUUCAUUGCUAGUUAAGAAAACCAUCAAAAUCCAAAUUCACACUCAUGCUUGGUUUACACUGCAGUGUUCCAGCCUAACAAAUAAUUCCAUUUGCUACUAUUAAUAGAUGGCACUACUAACAUGUUUUGAGAAAAAGUAAAAAUCUAGGUAUCUAGAUAUUAACAUCUGUUUUAAUUUCAUUUUUAACAUCAUUUGGCUUAAGCGGAAAUUAAAAUUUUGCUAGGAAGAAAGUUAAUCUAAGUAGGAAAAUAAAAUAAAAAAGCUAACGCUUGAAAAUCAACCUUGUCAAAUUAAAUCUAAGAUUUUCAUAAUUUUUUUUUUAUUGAUAUAGAAUUAGACUUACUUAAAGACAUUCAAUUACUCGCUUAUAUAAUAAAACAGUUUGCAAAAGUGUAUUUCUAUUACUUCAAAUUUUAAAUAUUUUUCAAACAAAAUUCAUAUAAUCUUUUAAUAGAUUUAUUUUAUUGUUAAAACUAUUUAAAAAAUACAAAAUUUCCCUGAAUGUUGAAAUGUUGAGAAAAAAAAAAACAC